AUGUAUGGGGACUUGGGCAUCAAACUGGUGCAACACGCCAAAAGGACUCAGAACCUUGCGCAUCUGCCUCCUUACCAGACUGAGCUUGUGCGUGCAGUAACCAGAGAAGUCAGAGAUCUGAACAAGGAUGUCGAUGAUCUCCUGGAGCCUUUCCAGGGCUCGUUCGACCCGUCACAGGACCAGGCGAUCGCAUACACACUGCUCGUGAAUCACAUCUCAAUGCGCAGAAACAAGCGAUGCCUUUUGGCAUAUCACAGAACCCGCACCGACAAGCUAGAAGAGCUCGUCUGGAAUGGCGUCGAUGUCGUUGACCUGUCGGGCCAGCAGGUGCGAGACGCCAGUGCAUCCAGAGGCAGUGCUGGGGUAGCGAGCGGCGACGGAGCCACGAGCAGUCUCAGCCCGCAGGAAGAGGAUUACGUGCGUCAAUACGGAGAUUUACUGGCGGCGUAUAAGGGGCAGUGGACGGAUAUCGAUCUGACGGGCAGCCUGGAGCCGCCGAGAGAUCUCUUCAUUGAUGUCCGCGUUCUCAAAGACGCGGGGGAGAUUCAGACGGAAUAUGGGGCAAUCACUUUGACAAAGAACAGCCAAUUCUACGUCCGACAGGGAGACGUGGAGAGGCUAAUUGCACAAGGAUAUCUGCAAAAGCUCAGUUGA